GAGUUAUUUCAAAGUGCAUUUCAUUCGCGAACGUUCGAAUUGCAAGGAGAUGAUUGGGAGUGAUGCGACCUACUUCAUGUUUGUCAAUACUUAAUCGAAAAAUACACCCAACCCAUUCUGUGAUUAAGUGAAUGGAGCGACUUUUGAAACAACAAGCUAUAAAUAUUUUGAGGUACAAUUUGGACGUCGAGAUCAUUGUCUAAUUUUUUUCUGCUAGGCCUCUCCUAAAAGCAAUAGAUUUUAUUCGUACCAUCCCUCAGGAUCGUGGAGGGAAACGUGGAUCCGCUAUCGAAAUUAAUUGCAGCUUGUGAUGACAAAUUUGUACAGAAUCUGCGAAGGAAGUUGCAUUAUAUAGCGGUAAUUUAAUUGAAAAUGUUUUAACAGUAUAUACGUCCGGAUUUGCGUCGAUUUCAGCUAUUUUUCUACCCUUAUCAGUUCUCUUGCUUCAUUUCUUCGAUUGCUUGGCGUUGGAUCGAAUUCUAGACUAAAAGCCGACAAUCAUUGUACUAAUAAAGAAUGAAUUUGGCAGGAGUUUAGCAUUGCCUAUUUUAGUUGACUUCAUGGAAUGAGCUUAUUUUGAGGGUGUGUGCAAAUUUCACAGGGUGGAAACAGUUUUCCCACUAUUCCGGCAAAACAAUUCAUCACUGCGCUGAGCUUGAAAAGCAUUCUUUUGAAUUCGAAGACCAUGUUAGUUAUCAGCAAACAGAUAUAGGAAAAAUAUUCAAAUCAUUUCACAGAUUGGUCAAGCAACUAGACUGAUAUAAUAUUCAUCAACCAAUUUGGAAUUAUUGAGGAAACUACUAGAGACGAUGGCUAUAUUAUUUCAUUGUGUUCUUUUUGUAAUGACUGUCGAUGUGGUAGUAGGAAGCAACAUCAGUAUCAUGGGCAUUGUUAACACUACCAUAACAAUGCCAUGUGAUAUAAGUGGUACCAAUGGAUCCCUUGUUUUCUGGUACUCAAAUGAACAACGAAGAUAUCUCAGCUCCCAACGUGUUGUUCAACAGAAACUUGAAUCUGAUCUUUACUCUCGACUGGUCGUAAAAGGGACCAAUAAGCGAUACGAUCUCCAAAUUUCAUCUUUACGAUACACAGACGGUGGUGUGUACAGGUGUCGAAUCUUUACUAUCAUCAAUCGAACAGAGCAAAUGUUUGUUAAGACAGUCGACUAUGAGGUAGUGGUUCAUGCUGCUCCAUUACCUCAGUACCCUAAUUGUUGGGUUAGUGGUUCAACUAACAUUCAUAACAGAGUUAGUAUAUCAUGUGUAUCACGUGGUGGUGUGCCACCAGCUCAGCUUAAUUGGUAUAGGGGAGACCAACUUAUACCAAGCACCAAGAAUUUUGCAACAAAUACGAUAACUUACAAUAAAAAUAUUAGCGAGGAGGAUAAUGGAGUGAAUUUUACGUGCAGGGCAUCGAGUCCUGUGAUUAGAGAUCGAGAAUGCUCUCUUAUCCUUCUUUCGGUAAUGCCAACGGUUACCCUGAGACAAUCACGUGGAUAUGUCUUUGAAAAUGAUGAAGUGACCUACUGGUGUUCAGGUUCUGGGAUGCCUUCCGUAUCCUACCGAUGGAUGAUGAAUAAUGUCAUUGUGUCUAAAGACUCACCAAAUGUUUCCUUUUAUGACGAAGGUAGGGAGCUUCUAUUAUAUGCAGCGAUGGCAGAUAAUGGAACAAGAGUAACGUGUCAGGUGAUUACACCAUCAGGAUUGAUGUCAUCAGAUGGCAUCACUCUUCUUGUGUCAAAGAAAGAAGAUGAUUGCAACACCAGCAGGAUCUUCAUCCAUGUUCCCUCGAAGAUUCCAAUCAUUGCCAUCUUCGUUGCUUUCGUCGGAGGAAUAGGAAUGACCCUUCUAUUUAUGAUUGUGAUAAAGGCUCUGUGUAGACACCACAGAAGACGUCGUGAUCAAAGAGCCAAGCGAGCAGAAGAGCUAUGGACAUCAAAGCACAGUGAUUAUUCCACCGCUGCUGAGCCGACAUCUGGUGAGGAUAUCUUCGGCAAAGAUUCGGCUUUUGUGACAAGCAGCAAUGGUCUUCAGCAAUCGCAGAACCCACCACCUGUAAUACAAAAUAUUCAAGCACAGAAGAAUCAAUAUUUUGAGAUGCAUUCUGGGGCAUUCCGUGAGUCUUCAGCCACAUUCCCUAAAAGUGCAUGUCCUAGAAACGAUUACCAGAUGAAAUCCACUGCUUAUUCUCCUCCUAUUCUUGCCAUGGACCAACGAGCUUUCGGUUAUGAGAAUGUUGCUCGUGGUUCUGGUACUGAUCUCACUGACAUCUCACACAAUGAUCCAUCAACCCAUGAUAGCAAACCAAUGAUCAAUAUCUACAUGGAGCCUAAAGUACCAAGUAGACCCAUGCCUCAAUCGCCAAACAGAAACAUGCGCUCUCAAAGUUUGCAACGAGUUACUUACGAUGCAGUACCGAGAGGUUUGCGACAUGACUGCGAAGUUAAGAAAAAUCUUCAAAGGGAGAAAGGAGAACAACCAGAAUACACAGAAAUAGACUGCAUGGCUUAUUCUCCUGUACGAAAUACAUACGAAGCAUCCAUCAUCUCUAACUUUGAACUGUGACUCUUUAUUUAUAUAUACAUAUAUAUAGUGAAUUGAUGAUUAAAUUAGAUCAUAUUCGCAUUUUAUCACAGAAAUUUUAAUCAUUCUCUUUUCUUGAAUUCAUGAUGGUCCCUUGUUAUUACGCAUCUUUCCGACUGCCUAUUAAAGUUUUUGUACGGAACAAAACCUGCAAUUUAGUACAAAAUGAUUAAUUCAACAGUUUAUUAUUGGGUAGAUUGUCCAAAUGAUAUAUAAAAAAAAAACUUCGUAAAGGGAUACUCCGGGCUAAAGAUAUUUAUAUCUUAAUAAAUAGAGUAAAAUUGACAAAGCAAUAUGCUGAAAAUUUCAUUAAAAUCGGAUAACAAAUAACAAAGUUAUUGAAUUUUAAAGAUUUGCAUUAUUCCGGUGAAAUGGUUCUAGACAUUCCUGAAUAUUCAUUAGGUGGGCUGAUGAUGUCACAUCCCCACUUUCCUUUUUCUUAUGUUAUUACAUGAAAUCUUAAUUGUUUCAUUUUUUCAUACAUGUGUGGAUGGUGUGUCUCCAUUAUGAUUAACUAAGUUGCAGCAAGAAAUACCUAAUGCACUAAUCAGUUGACAAUCCAAUUGUUUUAGUUCUUGGUAAAACAAUUUUGAAUAAACCUAAUUUCAUAUAAUGAAAUACAAAAUAACAAGUUGGGAUAUGACAUCUUCAGCCCACCUAAUGAAUAUUCAUGAAGACAUGCCUAGAACUCUUUCACCGGAAUAAUGCACAUUUUAAAAAAUUCAAUAACUUUGUUAUUUUUCAUUCGAUUUUGAUCACAUUUUCAGCAUUUUGCUUUAUGAAGUUUACUCUAUUUAUUCAAAUAUAAAUAUCUUCAGCCCGGGGCAUCCCUUUAAUACAAAAAGAAUCAUGAGCAGCCAACCCAAGAAUUUUGUUGGAAAUGUUACAUUGAGUAUUAUCAACUCCCCAAACAGAAAUCUUGAGAAUCGUCAAAAUUAUAAAACAGGGGAUCGACAUGCCUAAUUUGAUUUAAUUUAAAAUCUGAAUAUGUAUAAAUAAAAAUGUUGCUCAUAUACAAUGCCACAGAGAGUGAGGCUAAAAUUCAAGGGGCUGGGUUUUAACAUGAUCUGAAAUUUUGCGAGAGCGGAAGCGAAACAAGCGAGUCAACAAUCAUACAAAAUGUUGGUAUUUCACAGAGUUUACAUCUAAAUGAAACAACGAGUUAUUCAUUGUAAACCGAUAAUGCUUUACGUAUCGAAAUUAUGUAUUGAAUACGUUUUAAAUGACACCCCUUUUUUAAUGUAUCUCUCUCACUCUCUCUCUCUCUCUCUCUCUCUCUCUCUCUCUUAGAGUCGUCUGAAUAUAUUUUUACCCAUAAACAGUUGCCAGUGUUUCUGUAACGAUUCCAGUAAAAACUAGCAAUGGAGAACACCCUGAUAACAUUAAACUAUUUAUUUUUAUUUUGUUCAAAUAGUGCAUGCACCGCGCAAAACUUUGUAAUGGAAUUAAAAUUGUUUUUGAUAUCAUGAAAAAACAAAUGUGUUUACGUCAAUCUGAAAGUCGAAAAUGAAAACGAAAAAAAUAUAUCCUUUGGUAAUUUUUAUGGUAGAUCCCGAAGUCAUCAUAAUUGUAUAAAUCAUCUUUAUUUCAUAAUCAAACAGAGACAGUAUAAUUUACCCAGGUCAUUUGCCAGUGAUAAUGAGACAAAGUCCCCUUCACUGGCAAAAGGCACAGUUAUAUGAUAUACGCAUGUUUGUAAUAUCCACAUAGACUUCUAUUUCCUCUUAAUGUAAAUAAUUAUUUUCUUUUGUAAAUCUUUUAUAUUUGGUUCAGAUAAAAUAUAUACUGUAUAUUUCAAUCACAAGUUUAAUGUGUAAAUGUUGAUAAAUGUUAUUUAAUUGUCCUAUAUAAACAUGGUAAAUGUUUUGAAUUCCGAUAUGUAGCGGAAUUAAAGUGAUCAUUUUACAUUGUUCUGAUUUUUGAAAUUCUCAUUUUAGUUUUUGAAAAUGGGCUUAACAAUAGGCAUAAAGUGUAAAAAUACAAUCCCCAAAAUUUCAAAGUACGAUAUCUAAAAGAACUAUUUUAAAACUUUGAAGAUGUUAAACAAAGUUUGAAAAUAAUUGAGGGUUGGUUUCAAUGACUACCGUAUGUGUAUACAGCGAAUCUGUGCACCACAACACACAAACUCUAGAUGAAACCAGCAUGACCAUGAUACAGUUUGUACAAGGUAUACACUGAAUGAAGACUGCGGCUAAUAGUAGUGUGUGCAUAUGAGAUACACACAUCAGAAGGGAGUCAAGACAGCUAUAGGACUUUUUGAAUUUGGGAAAACUGGGCAUAAGCUGAAUGUGUCUUACAGACGGUUCUCAAAAUAAGGCUAAUAAAUUGCUACUUGUGUCUAAAUUAUAUUUUUUAAAUCCUAUAUUGUGGUCUGUUUUGGGGUUUUUGGAGGGCAAAUACAGGCACUCAUACACAUGUUUCAUCUUAAUUUGAGAAUUUUUUAAAUCAGCUGCUCACAAAGUGAAACGAUCCCUUUAAGACCUGAAUUCAGGGACCUGGGAAGCGGGGGUGCUGGGGGUGCUGCGUGUAUUAUUUUCCAUAGGAAGCACCCCCACGAUAUCAGGUUCCCUUUGUAUUUUUUUAUAUAUGUUAUGAUGAACAUAAUUAUCACAUCCGACAAUCGCAAAUCAUUUACAUAGUCUUUCACAUAUUCCAAUAACAUCCCUCCUAUAACACGACUCAAUCAAGCUCCGGCACUCAGAUACAGACGUGGUCGCGCGCGAUACGUGAUAACCAUAGUUUGGUUUACACACUACUAGAUAGCAGGGAGGGACAGGGGUGUGGUUAGACUUGAAACUUUUAUGUCGAAUCAAGUGUGUGCGCGCCCGACCGCCCGUGUUUUGUAUAAACAAUUACAAGUCAGACAAUCAAAUUUCAGUCUUUUUCGCCCUGCCCCAUGGCCCUGGGAAGCAGGGGUGCUGCAUGUGUUGUUUUCCAUAGGCAGCACCUCCUGGAAAUUUAGUGGCAAGUUGAUAAAUGACAGAAAUGUAAUGAAAACGAACGACGUUUUGUAGAACCCCCCCCCCCCCCCCCACUUCAGAAUUAUCCGACACAGUACUUAAAUUAGUGUUUAAAUUCACCCUUUUUCAGAUCGGACUAUCAAAUAUUUUCUGCUCGCGCUUCGCGCUCGCAUUAUUGAUUCUUAUAAUAAAAAAAUGUAUUUACAAUGCCCAGAUAUUGGGUCUAACUCUAAACACGCGCACGCAUGUUUAUUCAGAUACGCAGCUUGUUUUGGGGCUACUCCGGGCUGAAAAUAUUUAUAUCAAAUACAAUUUUAUGAAAAUCUGAUAACAAAUAGUUGAGUUAUUUAAUUCUAAAGUUUAGCAAUAUUUUAUGAAAAUUGUGAUAUGCAUGUCGUCCUGAAUAUUUAACAGGUGGGUUGACAUAUGCGGAAAUCUGUCCCCAAAGGUAGGGGGACCAGGGCCUGGAAAAUAUGACAAGCAAAAAAAGAAAAAAAAGUUUUUUACCCAAAAUGUAAGAU